AUGUCCACGUCAUCAUCACAGGAUGAUGUAACAGAACCUUUACUCCGGGAACUGAAAUGGUCUCGAUCAUUACUUUGUGAGGAGCUGACACUUCUGGAAGCAGUUGGUGAUAUUGAUUGCCUGCUACUUUUCAGAGACACUUUCCUUCCAUUUCUAGAUAAUGGUGAAGAAUCCCUUGCAUGUGACGCAGACCGAUCAGAGAGAGAAGUUCGAAGGUUAGGAGGUGGUUCUGAAGGGAGCCCUGGAAAGCUCAUUUGCCAUUCACGUAACUUUGGAGAUGCAGAAUUUCCCCUACUUGCCUUCACUGGGGAAGUUCCCGUUCUCCCAAAAGAGGCUACGCUACUGCUUGAUCCACUACUAGUUCUUCUGUGUGUCGGUGUUGAAGACCUUGGAGUCGGAGUUGAGGGUCUAUUCUGGGGAGUAGUUGAUCUUCUUGAGGGUGUUGUUGGAUGCAAAACUACGGCAGGGCUGGCACUACGAGCAGAAGAUGGCCUUCCUCUCAACUGAGGCUGUUUAUUACCAGAUCGAGGAGAUGGACUUGACCGACUUGGGCUUGCACUGCUUCUACCUGCCCUAUGA